GCCGCCGCCGCCGCCGCCGCCGCCGCCGCCGCCGCCGCCGCCGCCGCCUUUGCAGGCUGAGUCAUCACUAGAGAGUGGGAAGGGCAGCAGCAGCAGAGAAUCCAAACCCCAAAGCUGAUACCACAAAGUAGCAUUUCUCCAAGUUGGGGGCUCAGAGGGGAGCCAUCAUGAGCGAUGUUACCGUUGUGAAAGAAGGCUGGGUUCAGAAGAGGGGAGAAUAUAUAAAAAACUGGAGGCCAAGAUAUUUCCUUUUGAAGACAGAUGGCUCAUUCAUAGGAUAUAAAGAGAAACCUCAAGAUGUGGAUUUACCUUAUCCCCUCAACAACUUUUCAGUGGCAAAAUGCCAGUUAAUGAAAACAGAACGACCAAAGCCAAACACAUUUAUUAUCAGAUGUCUCCAGUGGACCACUGUUAUAGAGAGAACAUUUCAUGUAGAUACUCCAGAGGAAAGGGAAGAGUGGACAGAAGCUAUUCAGGCGGUAGCAGACAGACUUCAGAGACAAGAAGAGGAGAGAAUGAAUUGUAGUCCAACUUCACAAAUUGAUAAUAUAGGGGAGGAAGAGAUGGAUGCUUCCACAACCCAUCAUAAAAGAAAGACAAUGAAUGAUUUUGACUAUUUGAAACUACUAGGUAAAGGCACUUUUGGGAAAGUUAUUUUGGUUCGAGAGAAGGCAAGUGGGAAAUACUAUGCUAUGAAGAUUCUGAAGAAAGAAGUGAUUAUUGCAAAGGAUGAAGUGGCACAUACUCUAACGGAAAGCAGAGUGUUAAAGAACACUCGACACCCCUUUUUAACAUCCUUGAAAUAUUCCUUCCAGACAAAAGACCGUUUGUGUUUUGUGAUGGAAUAUGUUAAUGGGGGAGAGCUGUUUUUCCAUUUGUCGAGAGAGCGGGUGUUCUCCGAGGACCGCACACGUUUCUAUGGUGCAGAAAUUGUCUCUGCCUUGGACUAUCUACAUUCCGGAAAGAUUGUGUACCGUGAUCUCAAGUUGGAGAAUUUGAUGCUGGAUAAAGAUGGCCACAUAAAAAUUACAGAUUUUGGACUUUGCAAAGAAGGGAUUACAGAUGCAGCCACCAUGAAGACAUUCUGUGGCACACCAGAGUAUCUGGCACCAGAGGUGUUAGAAGACAAUGACUAUGGCCGAGCCGUGGAUUGGUGGGGACUGGGGGUCGUCAUGUAUGAAAUGAUGUGUGGGAGGUUACCUUUCUACAAUCAGGAUCAUGAGAAGCUUUUUGAACUAAUACUAAUGGAAGACAUUAAAUUCCCUCGAACACUCUCUUCAGAUGCAAAAUCAUUGCUUUCGGGGCUCUUGAUAAAGGAUCCAAAUAAACGCCUUGGCGGGGGCCCAGAUGAUGCAAAAGAAAUUAUGAGGCACAGUUUCUUCUCUGGAGUCAAUUGGCAAGAUGUAUACGAUAAAAAGCUUGUACCUCCUUUUAAGCCUCAAGUAACAUCUGAGACAGAUACCAGAUAUUUCGAUGAAGAAUUUACAGCGCAGACUAUUACAAUAACACCACCUGAAAAGUAUGACGAGGACGGUAUGGACUGCGUGGACAACGAGCGGCGGCCGCACUUCCCUCAGUUCUCCUACUCCGCCAGCGGCCGGGAGUAAGGCCCUCGUUCUGCUCCUUCACUGUCAUCCCAGAUUUCUUCCUGAAGACGAUUCCUGGACAUCACAGCAGUCGUAGCUCUUACAAAGCAGGAGCGCCUCCAGACACCCCAGCCCACUCUCACCCCCACAAGAACACACAUGUACGCAAACACACUUGUUUGUUUUUGCAUGAAAUUGUAUCUCCGUCUACGGUCUCAUGCUGCUGCUGCUACUGUCUUACUAUUCUAGCAACUUUAAGAGGUAAUUUUACAAUCUUUGGAAGUCAUGAGCCCACCAUUGUUCAUUUGUGCACCAGUUGUCAUCUUUCGAUCUUUUAGUUUUUGUUUUUCCCUAACAGUGAAGGCUAAAUGAGAUACACUGAUUCUAGGUACAUUUUUUAACUUUCUAGAAGAUAAAUCAAAAACUAAUUAGACUAAGAAGAUUUAGUUUAUAAUUCAGAACAAACAAUUGUGGCAGGGUGGUGAUGUGCAUAUGCAGAAUUUUAGGAAGGCACAGGAGAUCAGUGCGUACCAUGGGGAUCUCGCACCCAGACCUGGCCGGAAUCCAUAGGGAAGCAUCUGAGAGAAGGACCGAACAACUGUUGAGCUAGAGCGAUAGAUACACACGUAGUCCCUGUUGGACACUGCUGAGGAAGCCCGCUAUUCCACCUGGACAUCCAGAUUUCACGGGCGGUCGUUGGCAAGAUGAACACUGUUCUUCCAGGGAAGGAGGCAUAUGCACAGCAGAGGCAAGGUCGCUUACAGGCUCUAUGACACGAUUUGCACCAGAGAGCAUUCCCCCCCCAACCCCCACCCCGUGCUUGGAAACCUUUUUCCCUUCUUGAUAUUUAUCACCUCUGAUGGCUGAAGAAUGUAGACAGGUAUAAUGAUCCUGCUUUUCACCAAAAUUCGUACACCAAGGUAAACAGGUGUUUGCCUUAUUUGUUUUAAGUUUUGACUUUCAGUUCUUCGUGGAUUAGCUUUUUCUCGGAUGUUAAACCUUUGAAUGUCCUUUUAUGAUUUUGUUUAUAUUGCAGUAGUAUUUAUUUCUUAGUGAAGAAAAAUUGUGUGUCAUGUUAGCAAAUGCAGCUCCAACUUACAUGAA